AUUGCCGUAAAUCUCAUUCACUAUGAUCUCUGGCUAGAGUAUAUUUGUUCAACCGAUGGGCGUUUACGAAGGGAUACUGGUGGAUCUCAGAGCCUUCUAACUGUCGAAUGGGAAGGAAUACAAACGGGUGACCAUCCUGACGAUAGCGUCGGUGGAUUUGCGGUUGAAUACCGUGCAGAAAAAGAUACCCAAUGGCAUGUUCAUGACGGUAUCAUUCCUUAUAAAGGACCUAAUUUACAGUAUAGGGUUCAGAUUCCUCGGUUACCAACUGGUAUUGCUUAUUUUGUUCGAAUUAAAGUUUUGGGCAAAAAUGGCAAAAUCCUUGUUGAAACUCCUGAAAUAAGAGCGAGAAAUGAGAUGGUCAGUAUAAAAUGUGAGUCAGAAGAUCUAACAUCACCGAGGAACUUAGAAAUCACUCAAACUGGUCAAUAUAGUAUUGCUAUAUCUUGGGAGCCUCCAGAGUGUGGUUCUGUGGGAGAAUAUCACAUAGAACUAUCAGGUGCAGACAUGAUGUUCGAUGUACAUCGACAAACUGUUACACAUCCAUCAGUGAGUGUUACCAAUCUCUUACCAGGAACGAAAUAUCAUAUUCGUAUAAGAGCCGUGGAUCGAGCGCAUAAUCUUGGACCAUGGAAUGAAGAAGAACUCAAUGCACAGACUGAUGGAAAUGCACCAGACAUUUCGGAAGAUAUUGAUAUCGAUUAUCGAUCAGAUACAGAACUUCGAAUAAGUUGGGCACCUUACAGUCAAAAAGAACCUGAAUAUUAUGAGGUCAUGGCUGUUGAAGUUGACAGUGACGAACGAUCAGUUGAGCGAACUCGCAUCGAACCUUAUUUAGAUUCUUUUAUGUUUGGUGGUUUAAAGCCAAAUACGGAAUAUCAUAUAGGCGUCGUAACUUUUGUCAGCCAUGAACCAGUGCUAAUCUACAAGCUUUUGUCAAAAACUGCUCCCAUUCCGCCGGUUUCAUUUACAUCACAACCAACCGUUGCUAGCGAAGGCGCUCAUAAUAUAUCGCUUCAUUGGAAAAAGCCCGAUGUUGAACAAACUAUUGAGAAUUUCGUUAUUGAAUAUAGAUUGCCAAAUGAAACAAAUUGGAGGAAGUAUGGCGAUAUGAUCUUUGACGAUGACACAGAAAUUUAUAAAAUUGCUGUAGAUCGAGUACCUGAUUCAGCUCUUUAUUCAGUACGCAUAUUAGCCGUCGACGACCAUCUCAGGCUUGUGGCAAAAACUACUGAAAUUGCUGUUGGAGAAGCUGCCUCAGAAUCAUGUGCGGGAGAAGCUGGUGUUCCACUUAAUGUUCAUGCUAGUUAUGUUUCAGAGAGUACAAUUCAGUUCACAUGGGGUAAACCAGAAUGUGACGAAACUUAUGGACCAAUCGACGGUUACGAAUAUUUAUUCUGGAAUGCUGAAAGUGAUUCACAAUCGGAUGUGGCAUCUUAUGUUGGACGCACUGCGGUUACUCUCAACGAUCUAACACCGAACACGCGAUAUGCGUUCCGGGUCAGGUCACGCGCCGGCCAUGGAUAUAGCACAUGGAGUGAUAUCGUACACACUACCACCGAAACUCAUUCUGGAUCGUUGGGAAAGCGUCAAGAGAAAUCACAUAUCACAGAUGCGAGAAACAUCUAUCAAUUAAGAAUCGUCUUAUCUCCGCCAAAUUCAUAUCUUGUGUGGACACCUUUACAGGAACAUCAGAAAGAUUUAUCGUUUAGGUUAUCAUAUAAAAUUAGUUCAAGUGCCGAAUGGACAAGAAUUAUCAAAAAAGCAGACGAGUUUACAUGCCCUGAAGGCAUUGCAGAUUCAGAGGAUUAUUGCUUCGACCUUUCAGAACUGAAGUAUGGCGUUCAAUAUACUGCAGACAUUGUAUAUAAACUUAAAAGUGGAGAAUGGACAACGAGUGGGAGUCCGCUAUUCUUUAUUUUAGUUGAAGCUGCUUCAAAUAUUAUUUCUUUACAACGCUUCAUUGGUCAUACUGAAAAAGAGAGCCAAGUAAGGACAAUCGUUUAUUGGAAUGUUGGUGGAGAUACAUCUCUAAUCGUAGCCUACCAGAUAGAUCUUCGUGCAGAAACAGAUCGAACAUGGCGACAACAUGAUGGCUAUGUGCCACAUCAGCCAGGAGAGACACAUUUCCGACACGAGCUUACUAAUCUACAUACUCAUGGACGCUAUUAUGUCCGAAUUUCCGCCAUAGAUUCAUCGCGACGAACAGUGGCAAUGUCAGAAACAACAAGCUUUACUGUUCAAUGUCAAGCACCAAGUGCUACUCCACAAAAUCUUCGUUUAACAACUAUUGCCGAUGGUGUACUUUUGUCAUGGUCAUAUAGUAGUGAAGAUAGCAUUGAUUGCGAGCCAUAUUUUUUAUUAGCUGGCUAUCAAAAUGGUGUGCCAUUAACCGAAAAAAUAGAUGGACAUUUACGAGAAUAUCAUCUAAAAGGUAGCACGGUUGGCGAAUGGCAGCUUGAGCUACGAGCUGGCAACCGUGUUGGCUCAGGUCCAGCUAGUGCACCUGUAAAUCUCGUUACUCCAUUGCAGCAAGCUAAUAAUAUUCGUAUUCAUCGUUCUGUCUGUGAUCCUCGUACUGACUUCUGGUGUCGUCCAUCAAUUGACAUUGUCGACCAUUCCACAUAUCAGGAAUCAGUCGAAGGUUUGACUGUGUGCCGUGUAUCUCCCUGCAAGAAAAAAUUUAUCCUAUAA